AAAUCCCUGUGCUGCAAAAUCGACGAUCUCCAACACCGCCCGCGCUACCUGGCCGCCGCCGCUCCCGGACCGCUCUCCAUCUCCGCCACUACUGAGAUGGCGGCCACUGAAGAGAAUUCACUUCUCGAAUCCGGAAAAAAUGCAGUUACCGACUCCACACAGAAAAAACGCAAGAGAAACAGGAAGAAAACGAAAGCAACACCACAAUUAGAAGCGAGCGGCGAAGAGAUGAGAGAAGUAGAAGCCGACGAUAAUGGAGAAAACAAACAAAUCGCAGGUGCGAAGAGAAAUAAGAAAGCGAAAACAACCCCAAAAUCCGGAGAAGAAACCGGCGCAGAGAUGAAAUUAGAAGAAGAGAGAGAGAAGAAGGGGGAAGAAGAGGUUGGUUUGAAGAGAGAGGUGAAGAAAAGUGGGUCCGGAAUUAUGAGCGCCGCCGCCUUUGCUGAGCUGUCCAUAUCGGAAUCGACUAUGAAAGCAAUCAAAGAUAUGGGUUUCCAGUUCAUGACUCAGAUCCAAGCUAGAGGAAUUCCACCACUUUUAGAAGGCAAAGAUGUUCUUGGAGCUGCAAGGACAGGUUCCGGGAAAACAUUAGCCUUUUUGGUACCGGCUGUUGAAUUACUGUAUAACAUCCAUUUUAUGCCUCGAAAUGGUGCGGGUAUAAUCGUCAUUUGUCCAACUAGGGAAUUGGCUAUACAGACGCAUGAUGUAGCAAAAGAGCUUUUGAAGUAUCACUCACAAACACUAGGACUGGUAAUUGGCGGUGCUUCACGAAGAGCUGAAGCGGAGCGCCUUGCCAAAGGAGUUAAUGUUUUAGUUGCAACGCCCGGUCGACUUCUUGACCAUCUUCAAAAUACUAAAGGCUUUAUUUACAAAAACCUAAAGUGCCUUAUAGUCGAUGAAGCUGAUAGGAUUCUGGAAGCUAAUUUCGAAGAAGAAAUGAGGCAAAUCAUCAAUAUUUUGCCUAAGGCGAGGCAAACAGCUCUUUUCUCUGCUACACAAACGAAGAAGGUUGAGGAUCUUGCACGCCUAUCGUUUCAGACAGCUCCUGUCUACAUCGAUGUGGACGAUGGAAGAAAGAGGGUCACGAACGAGGGAUUGCAGCAAGGGUACUGUGUUAUCCCGACUGCCAAAAGAUUUAUUGUUCUCUUAUCCUUCUUGAAGAAGAACCCUUCGAAGAAAGUGAUGGUUUUUUUCUCAACUUGCAAUUCCGUCAAAUUUCAUUGGGAACUUUUAAGAAAUACCGGGGUGACGUGCCAUUUUAUAUACGGCAAGCAAAAGCAGCAGCAAAGAACCUCUACGUUUUUCGAAUACUGCAAAGCGGAUGAGGGUAUCUUAUUAUGUACAGAUGUCGCCGCACGUGGUCUUGAUAUUCCAGCUGUGGUAUGGUGUGUGCAGAAACACCCCCCGGAAGAACCGAAUGAAUAUAUCCACAGAGUGGGUCGAACAGCGCGUGGAGAAAGUGCAAAAGGGAACGCGUUGCUCUUCUUAACUCCAGAAGAGUUACAGUUUCUUAAAUACCUCAAGGCUGCAAAAGUGCCGGUCAAAGAGUACGAUUUUGAUCAGAAGAAGAUACUAAACGUCCAAUCCCACUUGGAACUCUUACUUUCGGAAAACUCUGAGUUAAACAAUUGUGCUAAAGACGCAUACAGAUCGUACAUCCGAGCCUACAACUCCCACUCUAUGAAGGACAUUUUUAACGUUCACCGCCUUAACCUACGGGAUGUGGCUGCUUCGUUUUGUUUUAAAUCUCCUCCGAAAGUGCCCUUAAACAUAGAGAGCAGCGCCUCAAAGUUCAGGAAGAAAACACGUAAUAGUCGAAAUGGAUUCAGCGAUAGCAAUCCUUAUGGGAGGAGAGGAGAAGUAUGAUAUUCGACAAUAUGUUCGAUUAGUUAUUCUACGUUUCUUUUUUAUUUAUUUAUUUUUAUUUAGCGACAGCAUAAACUCGUCUGGUAAAGUGGGAAUCCAGAAUAGGUAGGGCCUUGGCCUAUCAGUUUUGUAAUGAGAUUUUUUGAAGUUUAAUAUAUUUUUUGUUAGGGCAAAUUACGCCCACAUCC